AUGUUUUGGCGGACGUGCCGAUAUCAUCAACCUUUUUUUGUGGCGAGGUUGAUCCAGGACUGCUACAGCGGCAUCCCAAGAACAUGCCGUCCCUCGUUAACAAAAGGAAAACUACAAAAACAGCAACUUAUUAUUAUUCAAUCUCCAUUCUUUAGAUCUUCACAUUCGUUACCGGCUGGGAUGAAAUUCUUAUUUUCUUAUCGUCCUUACCAUAAAACAUCUGUCCACAUGUUCGAUAAAGUUGUUUAUAGCAAUCAACUUAAACGAAACUUUUCUUCGUCCCCUUUUUGGCUUAAUUCUUUAUUUCAGUAUCAGGACAAUAGUAGACCAAAGAAUUCAAAUGGUGUCCCAUUAUUAGUUCCGGUACCUAAUUCUUUAAAGACAUCACCAGUAAUACACUGUCCCCAGGCUGUGUCAUCUUCACUGACCUUCCCCUCCUCGUUUUUCAACCGUCGACUUCAACCUUUUACAAUCCAUUCUAUAAUCAAUGCAAAAUGUUACGGUACCCAGUCUAAAAAUUCCCCAAAUCCGGAUACGACCUCCAGCCCGAUUUCUCUCAAUUCAGAACCUGACAAAUCACAACGUUUACCUCAGACCGGAGAUUUGAAAGAAGACAUUCAAACAAUACCAAACCUGUUAACAUGUUGUCGAAUGGCAUCAGCUCCCUUUGUCAGUUAUCUUAUUUUGAAUAGCUAUUUUUCUUGGGCCCUUGGCUUACUUGUAUGUGCAGGAAUUACAGAUGUGCUUGAUGGUUACAUUGCAAGAAACUUUAAAAACCAGAACUCUAUGUUGGGAACGGCACUGGACCCAUUGGCAGACAAAAUCCUUAUUAGUUUCUUGUCUGUCUCUUUGACAAUGGUUGAUCUUAUCCCAUUGCCUCUAUUACUUGUCAUAAUCGGGCGUGAUUUAGGUCUCAUUGGCAUCUUCUUUUAUAUCCGAUAUGUGUCACUGCCUCCCCCUAAAACAAUAAAAAGAUAUUUUGAUGUAACCCAUUCAACUGCAGAAAUAUCUCCAUCUUUAUUAAGUAAAGUAAAUACAGCAAUUCAACUCUCUCUACUUGGUUUAAGUGUCGCCGCUCCAGUUUUUGGUUUUGUAGAUCAUGUUUUCCUACAAACGCUAUGGUACAUUACUGCAUCGACAACUAUCCUUUCUGCCUGUGGCUAUGUUCGUGAGCGUAACAAUGUUAUUAAAAUCCUGGGCACCAAUUCCAAUCUGAAAUCAGGCAAGAAGUGA